UAUUGCUUGUUAUAUUUUUGAAUGGAAAAAGAAAAUUACAAUUGAUGAGAUAGAGAAUGCAGUUAGAACCUGUGACCUUAAUAAGAUAAUAAAUUUUAUUGGUGAGACUGAUGUUCCUCAUGAUACUUCUCACAUGAUAAUGUACAGUGCAGUAGACCCUCAAACUUUUCAACAAUACAAAGUUCAAUUUGCAUCUUCUAUCACCAGAGAAAAAAAACAUAUCAAAGAUUUUUAA